AUGGCGACAAUUCCAACAGCAGAAACCACAAACUGGUGUGGGCACCAAGGGGAGUUAAGUCAUAAAGGGCAAACCUCCAUCAGAGAGCAGCAGGGAGUUCUCCUUUACCCACCUCACUUGAACUCAGCUGAGCACAACCAGGAGGCAAGUGUUUGGUACACACACAGGGACUCUAUGAUUAAGCACCAGGCUCAGAAAGCUCCCCCUGGGCAGCACAGGCACUGUGAGAGAUGUUUCAGCCGGCAUUGCCGCGCACCAGUUGAGCCCUCCAUCUCCUGCAUGGUGAUCAGCUGCCGCUUUCACUGCGGGGCCACCUUCCACAUGUGCAAGGAGGAGGAGCACCAAUUACUCUGCCCCUUAGAGCAGGUCUCCUGCCUCAACUCAGCCUACGGCUGCCCUUUUUCCAUGGCCCGCUUUAAGCUGGCGAAGCACCUCCAGGUCUGUCCAGCCAGUGUUGUCUGCUGCUCGAUGGAGUGGAAUCGCUGGCCAAACGUGGAUUCAGACACAACCCUCCACAAGAACAUUAUGAAGGAGACCUUGAACGAAGAGUGUCUGGACACAGCCUUGGCUCUCAGAGACCAGAAGAUACUUUUCAGGACUUUGAAAAUAGCCAACUUUUUUCCAGAGUGGAGGAAAGAGGAUGAAGUGGAAGAGCUAAUGGAGGAAGCCAUGGGUGGGGAAGAAGGUGCUGUGGGAGGAGUAGCCUGUGCUUCCCAAGACAGUGACGACCAGUUGUCCGAGCUCAGCCAACGUGAGCGUGAAGAUUUGGCAAAGGACAAAGAAGGAAUGGAUCUGGGGAGUUACGAAACCUGGGAGAACAUUUUCAGCAAAGAGCUCCUGGCUUGCAAGGUAACAGGCUCAGCAGCCAGCACAGGACAAAAGACGGAGGAGGCUUCCAAGAAAACAGCGUCAGCCCCUCAUGCUGCCAGCUCCACAGAGAAGGCAAAGGAAGUACCUGACGGUGCAGAAGAGGCAAAGGACCAAAAUCCUGAACAAGUAACACCAAAUACAGAAAUGACAGGACUGGCUCCCUGGCAAGAAGGGGUCCUGGAGAGGCUGAAGAAGGAAGUUGGUGUAGGUGAUUACAACAUGUAUCUGGUACAUCAUGGUGGAAUGCUCAUCCGCUUUGGCCAGCUAGCUGCUUGCACUCCCAAAGAAAAAGACUUUGUCUAUGGGAACUUGGAAGCUCAGGAGGUGAAGACUGUCUACACCUUCAAAGUGCCAGUUAGUUACUGUGGCAAAAGAGCACGACUAGGAGAUGCACUGGGCCACAAGGUACCAACUUCAGACAAGUCAGUGGAUACCUCAGAACUGGGAAUAAACCUAGAAGAACUACCUAAGGCAAAUAUAGUUAAAGCCACACUGCUGUGUGCACUGGAAAAAGAGCUGAAAGGCCAUGAGAUCUCCGAAGCAAGGGGUAUCGAUGGACUCUUUAUGGAUUUUGCAACACAGACAUACAGCUUUCCUCUGGAGUCCUUCUCCUCCACUGCUGUUCUAGCAGAUAUUCUGGAUGAAAAAAGCCCACCAGAACUCCACGUGGAGCUCUACACUGAAUCUGUAACCAGAAGACACAACAAAAGCAGUUCAGCUUUCACAUUCACUUGCAGUCAUUUCUUCAGGAGGGACGAGUUCCCAUCCCACUUCAAGAAUGUGCACGCUGAUAUCCAGUCAUGUCUGGAUGGAUGGUUCCAGCAUCGCUGCCCACUGGCCUACUUGGGAUGCACUUUUGUUCAAAAUCACUUCCGCCCUGAUGGACUUAAGGCCAAGGUUAUAUACAGCAAGCCUCUCAAGACAUUUGCUAUUAAACCAGAGGUGAACACCCUCCUUGCUGAAUCAGGGAAGUGCAAUUCCACAGUGGCUAAUCGAGGGAGAAAUAAGGACUUGCUGAGCAGCCUCCCAGUGGAAGUGCUCAAGUACAUUGCAGGGUUCCUGGACAGCUUCAGUUUAUCUCAGCUAUCGCAAGUGUCAGUGCUGAUGAGGGACAUCUGUGCCACUCUUCUUCAAGAGAGAGGAAUGGUCCUGCUGGUCUGGGAGAAAAAAAGAUAUUCCCAUGGCGGUACUUCGUGGAAAGCUCGCAAAAAGAUCUGGCAGUUCAGCAGUCUGUUCUCCAGAGUUAACAAGUGGCAGCGCAACGACGUCGCGUGCAUGUCGGAGCACCUGAAGAACUGUCCCUUCUACCAAGUGGAGCACAAGACGGACCCCGUGCUGCUGACAGGCAUGUGCGAAUCUCGAGAGCAGACUAGAAAGACUUUGGUUUCUACUUUCAAGCGCAGAGUCUGA